AGCAGCACCGCCUCUGUCUCGCGGCGCACACUGGGAAUUGUAGUCCAUGGACAAGAGACGGGGCGGGGAGGUCUGGAGCUUUGGUGGCCGGAGUAGGGGUGGAGCGGCCGCGGGCCUGGCUCGAGCUGCUGCCGGUCCGGGAUGGCGGCAGGGAGCGGCCCGGUGUUACCUCGGCUGCUCUGUUUCCUCGUGCUGGUGUCCGCCACGGCCGCCGCCUGGGGCCUGGGCUCGUUGGGCUGCAGUUUCGGCGCCUUCUGCGAGUGCGACUUCCGACCCGACCUCCGGGGUCUGGAGUGUGAUCUGGCCCAGCACUUGGCUGGGCAGCAUCUGGUUAGACAACUGGUCGUGAAGAGGCUGAAGGCUUUUGUGGAAGAUCCAGCACCAGCCAAACCCCUAGUGAUGUCCUUCCAUGGCUGGACUGGCACAGGAAAAUCCUAUGUCAGCUCCAUGCUGGUCCAGUACCUGUUCCGACAUGGGAUGGCCAGUCCCCAUGUGCAUCACUUUUCUCCUGUCAUCCACUUCCCCCACGCAGACCAGAUAGGACGCUACCAGGGUGACCUGAAGCAGUGGAUCUUGGGGAACCUCACCGCUUGUGGCCGUUCUCUCUUCCUCUUUGAUGAGGUGGACAAGAUGCACCCAGGGCUAUUAGGGGUACUCCGUCCUUUCCUGGGACCUUCCUGGGUGGUCUAUGGGACCAACUACCGAAAAGCCAUCUUCAUCUUCCUCAGCAAUGCUGGUGGGGAGCAAAUCAACCAACUAGCGCUGGAUGCUUGGCGUGCCCGCAGGGACCGAGAAGAGCUCCAGCUUCAGGAUCUAGAACCGGCCAUCUCUAAGGCCAUCGUGGACAACCCCAACCAUGGUUUCUGGCAGUCAGGAAUUGUGGAAGACCAGCUCUUGGACCUACUGGUGCCCUUCCUGCCCCUCCAGCGUCACCACGUCCGUCACUGUGUGGCCAAUGAAGUAGCCCAGCUGGGCCUGGCCCAGCAGCAGGAGGAGGAGGUUGUCCAGGCCGUGCUGGAUGGAACUGCCUUCUUCCCGGAAGAGGAACGCCUUUUUUCUUCCAAUGGUUGCAAGACUGUUGCUUCCCGAAUUACCCUUUUCCUUUGACUGGGCAGGGACAUUUCCCUUCCCUUCCCUCUGCCUCAACUGACCUGCCCUGGGACUCUGCCUGGUUGCUGUGGUCCAGACUUGCUGCUGGCAUAAUGACCUUUGCCCCAGAGCUUCCAUAGAGUGUAAGCAGGGCGGACCCGUUAGCCCAAGGAGCCAAAGGCCAAAGGCAGACAGGCAAUUCCAGUUUCUGCCCUUUGGGGUACUUUCCAGACUGAGGGUGACAGAGGUACCAGGUAGGAAAGAUGUUGCUCUGCUGGCUUGAGGACAUCUUGGCCCCACUUGCCCUCCUGACCCUCACUAGAGUUCACCACAUCCAAUACCCAGAGCCCUUGGCCAAAAUACAGUUUCAUCUGAGCCAAUUCCAAUUCCCUUUCUCCCAGCCCAAUUGUGAGCCUUAUUUAAAUUGAUGCUGUGAUUUAAUGACUCAGGGACCACUUCUGCUGUCCUCUUCCCCACCCCUGCCAGGCUCAUGUCCUCCUCUCCAGGCUCUUCCCUACGUCCAUGUAGAUACACACCCCUGUUCCCUCCUUCCUACCCCAGGAAGCCAAGGAGCUUAAGUCCCAACUCUUUUCCCAGCUUCCCAUCCCAGCAGGCACUGCCAUAGUCUGGCAAACUCUGCUCUUUGUAACAGAGUCUGGUUUAAAUGUUUUUAAUUUUGUAAUGAAUGAAAGGGGGUGGGGGGAAUGCAAAAUAAACUUAUUUAAGGGACCAGGGAA